CAGUAACAAUGAAAGUGCUAAUCAUUUUGGCCGCAUGCCUUAUUGGCAGCGCAAUCGCGUCCACCAACCAAGUUGAUUGGUCUAAAGUGGCCUCGUUGGAUGUACAUCCACAAAUACCAUUAAAUCCCCGUAUGCCUAUUAACGGUAACGCAGGACGUAUUACCAAUGGCAAUUUGGCGGAACCUACGCAAUUCCCCUAUCAAGUUGGUUUAUUGCUGCGCUUUGCCGCAGGUUCUGCUUGGUGCGGCGGUAGCUUGAUCUCUGAUCGUUGGGUGGUUACAGCGGCCCAUUGCACAGAUGGAGCAACUGGCGUUGACGUAUACAUGGGCGCUUGGAAUCGCACGGAUAAAACGGAAAAGAACCAACAAAUUGUUUACGUAUCUGCGAAGAAUAUAGUCAUUCAUGAAGAUUGGGAUUCUAGUCUUAUUUUGAACGACAUUUCCCUUAUUAAAUUUCCAGUUUCUAUUGAAUUUAACAAAUACAUCCAACCAGUUGCUUUGCCUAAAAUAUCAUCCUCAUACUCGACCUACGAAGGCGAACAAGUGAUUGCCUCUGGAUGGGGAAAGAUUAGCGACAGUGCCACAGGCGCCACCGAUGUAUUGCGCUGGGUUGAGGUACCCAUUAUGUCGAAUAAGGCAUGCAACAGGUGGUUCUUCGGCUCAGUUUACUCAACUAAUAUCUGCAUUAAGACUACUGGUGGCACUUCCACUUGCAAUGGUGACUCCGGCGGUCCAUUGGUAUACAACGAUGGUGAAGAGACUGUGUUGAUUGGAGCCACUUCUUUUGGCAUUGCCCUUGGAUGUGAAGUUGGCUGGCCAGGUGUAUUUACUCGCAUCACUUCAUACUUGGAUUGGAUUGAAUCCAAAUCUGGUGUUGUAAAUAAAUAAAACAAACUGUUCACCCGUAAAAAAAUAUAGCGUACUUAUACGUACAUAUGUAUACGUAUGUAUAUGUAAAAGAUAAAUAAGACCCAGUUUUAUUCGAUGAGAAUUUAGAAUUUAGUAGAACAUUUAUAUAAAAAUCAGUGGGUAUGUUUGAGAUUAUU